AUGUCAAUAGAGAGCUCAUGCCUUUUCUGGUCAAACUAAAAUAUUACUUCUUUCUCUUUACUAAAAUUCUCUUUCUUCCUACACAAAUUUCGCUCUUCUUUGCCUGCGAGCUUAGGGUUUCUUCUUCUCCUUCUCCUUAACCUCUCUUCAUUUUCUCUAAAUUCUCUGCAGAAUCCACUGAGAAUGUUUAGCAAACUCUGAGAAAUCUUGCGGUUUGUAGAGGAAUUUUUUUGAUAAGAAAGGUGAUAGGCAGCUCUGUUUUUGCGUUAAUUUUAGUUUAUUUAGAGCUCGAUCUUCGUUCAGUAUCUGAAGAUUUGAAGAAACUGAUUGGAGCGAAGUUUUCUCUUCUCUGCAGGAGCAAUGUGUGGAAUUUGAUUCAAUUUGAGCUUGUAUGUGCAUGUAUUGGUUCCUUGUGGAAAAGCUUAGAUCUAUUUGUUUAAUUUGGUUUAGCUAGAGGCCCAGGCUUUUGGUUGUGCAUUUUGGUGAAGUGUCGUAAUGUGCUGAACAAUGGCACUUAGACUUCCAGCUCCAAAGGCAGCUGAGCUGGCAAUCGCGUCUAUAGGGUGUGGAUAUGAUAUAACAGCAGACAUAAGGUUGAAAUACUGUAAACGGGGUGCAAACAAUUCACAAUUAAUUGAGAUUGAUGAAGGUGGGGGCAGAGAGAUUGUUUUGCCUGGUGGGAUUGUAAUACCAAAUGUGUCCAAAUCAAUAAAGUGUGAUAAAGGGGAGCGCACAAGGUUUAGGUCCGAUGUUCUUUCAUUCCAGCAGAUGUCAGAGCAAUUCAACCAGGAAAUGUCAUUGACUGGAAAAAUUCCCUCUGGUCUGUUCAAUUCCAUGUUCGAAUUCACAGGUUGUUGGCAGAAAGAUGCAGCCAAUACUAAAAGCCUUGCUUUUGAUGGGGUAUCAAUUACUCUUUAUACUGUUGCAUUAGAGAAAUCUCAAGUUGUACUUUGUGAUCAUGUUAAGAAGUCUGUUCCAUCAUCAUGGGAACCUGCAGCAUUGGCAAAGUUUAUUGAAAUGUUUGGCACUCAUAUUAUUGUUGGUGUGAAGAUGGGCGGGAAGGAUGUCAUAUAUGUGAAACAGCAGCAUUCAUCAAUUCUUCAACCAGCUGAUCUACAGAAGAUACUAAAGGAGAUGGCUGAUAAAAGGUUUUUAGAUACCAGUGGACAGUAUAGCAUGGCUUCUGAACAAGUUUACCAGAAUAACAAGUUGGAAACUAGGGAGCAACGGCUGAGGUUUGCUGAUGCCAGUUCCUCAAGUUCUUACUCUCACAAGGAGGAUAUAGUGAGAAUCUACAAAAGGAGAGGUGGAAGUGAUACUAAAGUUUUAUCUCAUAGUGACUGGUUACAAACUGUUCAAUUUGAGCCAGAUGUAAUUUCAUUGUCCUUUAUUCCAAUUACCUCUCUAUUGAAUGGAGUCCCUGGGAGUGGGUUCUUGAGCCACGCCAUAAAUCUAUAUCUACGAUAUAAGCCCCCAAUUGAGGAGCUACACCAGUUUUUGGAAUUUCAGCUGCCAAGGCAAUGGGCACCAGUGUUCAGUGAACUCCCUCUUGGUCCACAACGGAAGCAGCAAAAUACAGCAUCUUUACAAUUUAGUCUCAUGGGGCCCAAGCUUUUUGUGAACACUUCUCCAGUUGAUGUUGGUAAGAGGCCAGUGACCGGCCUUCGGCUUUAUCUAGAAGGUAAAAGAAGCAACCGCUUGGCCAUACAUUUGCAGCAUCUUUCAUCUCUUCCAAAUAUCUUUCAGCUUGCGGAUGAUCCACAUGGUAAUUUCAGUCAGGAGUCCUAUGAUCAUAAAUACUAUGAGAAAGUUCAGUGGAAGAAUUUUUCACAUGUUUGUACUGCUCCUGUUGAGUCAUACGAGGAACUUUCUAUAGUUACUGGAGCCCAAUUACAAGUCGAGAAUUAUGGAUUUAAAAAUAUUCUCUUUUUACGACUGCGAUUCUCAACUGUGUUGGGAGCGGCGAGCGUAAAACAUCCGGAGUGGGAUGGAUCACCAGGAUUGGCGCCUAAAUCUGGUCUCAUCUCAACAUUAAUCAGCCAUCACUUCACAUCAGUUCAGAAGCCACCACCACGGCCUGCCGACGUGAAUAUAAACUCAGCUGUGUAUCCUGGGGGUCCCCCAGUGCCCGUUCAAGUCCCAAAGCUUCUGAAGUUUGUUGACACAACAGAGAUGACAAGAGGGCCCCAGGAAACUCCAGGCUAUUGGGUUGUAUCUGGGGCUAGAUUAGUUGUUGAGAAGGGGAGAAUUUCUCUCCGGGUUAGGUAUUCCUUGUUGACUAUGGUAUUACCUGAUGAAGAUUUAGAAGCAGAGCGUUAGCAAUUUUUUCGCCCUCCCCUCCCCUCCCCUCCCCUCCCCAUGCCCUUGAGCAAAAAGUAAAAUACAAAAGAAAUUUACAAAAAGGAAAAAGGAGGAAGAAGCUGCUUAAGUUAAUGGUGGUUGUUUUCAAGGUUUCAAAUGCAGGAAGGUGCUAAAUAGAAAGAAUGGUUGAAUGGGAAAAUGUAAGUGGGAAAUUGUUAGUCUUGUAAUAUUGUUCUCAUCAUUGAUAUUCCCUGUGAUGUAUUUUUGCUUGUGUAGAUUCCCCAUCUGAUAGUGUCGUAUUUCAAAUUUUUUACUUCUGCCUUGAGCAAUAGUGUUUAACAAGCCUGUUCCAUGCAAGUGUAUACAAAAUUUUGUCUGAUUGUA